GUAUGACGUCACAUUGCUCACGUCUAUCGAGGCGGUAUGCGGCUAAAGCUAAGCUAAACUAUGUAAUCCUUCAAGAGGCCGAUUCUCAUCUUACUUUUGCUUAGUUACGUGGUUGUUAUUAUCGGCGUCGACAUACAUGGUGACGAGUAGUAAGAAUAAAAAAAAGCUCGUCUUCUAAUCGGCUUUGUGAAAGGCAAACCAAGAAGGAUGGAAGCGGUGAACGCGUUCAACAUGGAGUUGUUCUCCAUGCUUGACAUGAAGCCUCCCAUAUCGCGGGCUAAAAUGAUGUCUGUUACCAAGGCCGCCAUCAAAGCCAUUAAGCUCUACAAGCAUGUCGUCCAGAUUGUCGAGAAGUUCAUCAAGAGGUGUAAACCCGAGCUCAAAGUUCCCGGCUUGUACGUGGUGGACUCUAUCGUACGGCAGUCGCGUCACCAGUUUGGUGUGGACAAGGACGUGUUUGGGCCUCGCUUCUCCAAGAACUUCACAGACACCUUCCAGAAUCUCUAUAGCUGCUCAGAGGAUGAUAAGGACAAAAUUGUCCGCGUGUUGAACCUGUGGCAGAAGAAUAGCGUGUUUGACAUGGACAUCAUCCAGCCUCUGAUGGACAUGGCUGAAAAUGUCCCGUCACCCUCGCCGUCCCUUGAAAUUCCCACGGAGUCACAGCCUCCUCCCACGACAGCGACCCUCAACGUAGCUCCGCCACAAGUGUCCAAUUCUGACGCCUUAGCCGCGGUGGCCCAGCUGUUCCAGUCCCCGCACGGUCAGGAGCUCCAGAGGAUGCUUCACAGCUUGCAGCAGGCGGAAAAGAGCCACGCGGCCAAUCAUACAAACGGGCCAAAUGCUCACCAGGUCAAUGUGGCCCAGUCCCAAAUGCACCGAGAAGAAAGAGGCACCCUGGCUGAGAAACUGCUCGACAGCUUUGACUAUGACGACGAGCCCGAGAAGGUGGCAACGAACGACACGACGAGCUCUUUCACCGGACGAGACGACGUCCGUGGUCAGAUGCGCAACAUGGAGGCCGCUCAUCCAUUUCCGGGCGGAUUGGAGUUUGGUGGAGUGGCGGGCGAUGCCGAGCGCCAGAUGCAACCCACCGGUUACCAUUCCAGGAGUGACCAAUCGACGCUGAUGAACUACCAAUCGCAGGCGGACUCGAGGGAGGAUCUUUAUACACAUCGAGAAGGCAGACACGGAGCCUACGGCAGAAGAACAAGAUCCGGUUCCAAAUCUCCGAGACGAAGACGCUCGCGCUCGUCGUCACCGCGGUCGAGAAGGUCGAGGCACAGACGCUCCAGAUCGCGCUCGAGAGAGAGCCGCCGGCUGCGCUCCCGCUCGCAGGACCGAAACGAGCGAGAGUGCGAUAGGGAGCGGCGGCAGAAAGGGCUCCCCGCCAUCAAGAGCCAGACGCUCAGCGUGUGCACCACAACACUGUGGGUCGGUCAGCUGGACAAAAAAACCCAGCAGUCGGACGUGGUCUCCCUCCUGGAGGAAUUUGGCCAGAUCGAGUCGGUCAACAUGAUCCCUCCGAGAGGUUGCGCCUACAUCGUGAUGGUGCAUCGACUCGACGCCUACACGGCCUUGAACAAGCUCGGUCGCGGCUCAUACAGAGUCAAUCAGAAGCCCGUGAAGAUUGCGUGGGCUUUAAACAAAGGCAUAAAGGCGCCACACAAAAAGUUCUGGGACGUCGAGCGAGGAGUCACCUACAUCCCCUGGGCCAAAGCCAAAGGCGAGGAGCUGGAGAGUUAUCGGGAAGGCGGGAUGCUGGACCCGGACACGCUCAGCGAAGAGUGGAAAAGCCUUCUGGACCUCAGCAAUCCGCAGACGGCGGCCGCGAACGGCAUGUCGGAAAGCGCGGCGGCGGCGGCGGCAGCGGCAGGCGGGACCGUCCGGGCUCUGAUUCAGGCUCCCGCCGUCCAACAGGGGGCGCCCAUGGGAAGCCCGCCGCCAUACCUGCCCCUGGGUAUGCUGUCCCCAGGGUCCCUGCCCAGCACGGGGGGCCUGAUGCUGAUCCCGCCAAAGUUAAAGCCUGACGCCAUGGCAGCAGCCGUCAAAUCCCCAACGGAGUCGACGCCCAAGGCCGAAGGAGACAAACUCUCGGAGCGUCUGCUGGGCUCCCCCACCGCCAUCAACCUGCAGACGCCUCCGCCAAUGCGUCCUCCUCACCUGCCGCCAUUCCUCUCGCCGCCUGCCAUGAUGCCCGCAGGACCCGCCUUCCCCCCGGAAAGGUUCCGGAUGGCUUUGCCCUUCCCCCCUCGCGGGCCCAUGCUCCACCGGCCUCCUUUUCUGCGGCCGGAGGGCACCGUGCCGUCUUUCAGGGGACGGCCGGGCUUCGGAGGCCCGCCGCCCCGCCUGCCCAGGGGGAGCUGGUGAUCAAGCAACCUCUCGUUGCCAUCUCAUCAAAACGAGGACAAAGGCUGUAAAUAGUGUACAUGCGUGCCACCCUUUGUGAUCUUUUUGUAUAUUUGAAGGAAAAAUGAGUCGAGUUGAAGUGCUAAGGCGACAAAGAAAAAGCUUUAUUGACAAUGCUAACUUCUAGAAAGAGGCAAAAGUGUGUUUUGUUUAAUCACCUUUACUUGUUCUUCACGUUUUGAUUAAAAAAGAUAAAACUA